CACAAAAUCAGCCCGGUACCGCCUGCUGAAUAUGCAGACCGCUUCUUUGGGUUUAUGAAAGCUAUCAUGCGGGGAGGAGGCGGUGGGGCGCGGUUCAAGCCUGAGUGAUGUCCUUCAUGUGACGGCUGAAUCCCGCGUGUAGAUGGGUGCUGCGUGUAGGCACUCAAUCGUUGUCACAUCACGUCACAUCACACGUCAACUGCUCAAACUCGUUUCUCUGCAUUUGCUUCAUCUGGGAAAUCUGUGGACAUUCGCGAUGCAUUGGAGUUUGUACGAUUUUGUCUUUCGGCCCCUGUUUCUCCUCCGUUUUAUGUUUCUAUUUCUUUCCUUCAUAGUUGCUCUAGCAUUUUUGACUACUCUUUAUUCGUCCUCAUGUUUCCCUCAUCCUCAUGACCUCGUUCAUUUCCGCAUGCUUUCCAUCACAUCCCACGACCACGAACGACUCUUGCAUCACUCCCAUCCUAAUACAUAUUCUUUAUUUGCGCAUAUCACAUUCUCCUUCUCCCUUCCAUCUUCCCUCUUUCCUCUUUAUUUUUCUUCUCAUUCGUCAUCCAUUCAGGCAUCCAACCAUUCUUUAUUGUUUUAUUGUUUGAUCGUCUGUUUUACUUUUUCACGCGACUUUAAUACCGCUAUAUGCUUAAUCUAGUGCGUGCCCUGUCUCCUCCUGCCUUGCCUCUGCCUCUGCUGUGUAUGGGUUUUUGUUAUUGGCUUAGAGGUUGAGAGAGGGCACGUCGUAUUUAGCUGCCAUGACUCCGAGUACGCCUUUACUGCCACCCACGGCACACGAGUACGCUUUUCGAACACAUCAUGCUCCGCUUCCCAACAUUUACGUUUCAUUUAUUCAACUCGUCACGCCCGUCACUUUCGGACAUGCAUACAACCUCGUUCAGAUACGCAUACGCCCUCGUUCGUACAAUGCAUCCAAUCUCGUUCAGACACGUACUGUAAUCCUCUUUGACGCACGCAUCCACCCUCAUUUGUUUCAUUACGUACAUACACCCUCGUUUAUUCCGAUUUU